UUAGUGCAAGUUCUGUUUAAUCCGCUGAUUUAUGUGGAAACCAAUGCUUAGAAGCUGGGUGGACGAUUGAUGUUUGUGCAAUUCUGCCCCUGGCGAAACGCCGCCUUCCUCUGGGAAGUUAUCGCAUAAACUGAGCAAGAGACUUUGCAGCAGCGGCCGACCGACCCCUUCUUGCAAGUGUUGUAAUGUGCGCUUUUACGGAACUCGUCUUCUUUUCUUCGAUCUGCCUGCUGUAGGGAGGUCGUUUUUAUUUUGUGAAUCCAGUGGUGGCUGUUUUAAUGUUUGCAGAAGAUUUCUGUUCCUUGUUCCCGGCUCUGUCCUCUGGAGCUAUGCAACUUGUUUAAUUACACGAUAAUGAGGCUGUGGUGGACUGUUGCUGUUUAUAACAGUAUCUGGCCCGGACUUCGGAAUUCCUUGGUCUUUGUGUCACUGUUUCUGAUCUUGAAUGGACCGGGAACUGUGCAAAGUGAAGAGAAAUCGUGUCAUGGAGCGUUUGAUCUUUACCUUGUACUUGACAGGUCGGGAAGUGUUGCUAACAACUGGGGCGAAAUAUAUGGUUUUGUGGAAGCGCUGGUCAAGCGAUUCGUCAGUCCCCAGAUGAGAUUGUCCUUCAUUGUGUUUUCGUCCCGGGUAGAUGUGAAGAUGCCAAUCACUGGUGACAGGAAACAAAUCAACGAUGGUCUUGAAGCUCUCAAAAAUGUAAAUCCGGCAGGUGAUACCUAUAUGCAUCUAGGUAUAAAAGCGGCUUCUGAACAAAUAAAGGAGCAAAAUGGUGUGAAGACUGCAAGUGCCAUUAUUGUUCUGACCGAUGGUGAAUUAGUGGAAAUGGUGUUGCCCUAUACAAUUAGAGAGGCUGAUGAGGCAAGAAAACUAGGGGCAAUUAUUUAUUGUGUUGGAGUCAAAGACUUCAAGGAAAAGCAGCUGGAAAAAGUUGCAGACUCCCCAAGUCAUGUCUUCCCUGUUAAUGGAGGAUUUCAGGCUUUGAAAGGGAUAAUUGAUUUGAUUUUAAAGAAAUCAUGUACUGAAGUUUUGCAUGUGGAGCCAUCUACUGUAUGUGCUGGACAAGAAUUUGAAGUUGUGCUAAGAGGAAAUGGCUUCAUGGCAGGCAGAGGCACAGAUCUGAUCUUAUGCAGAUACUACAUAAAUGCUUCGACCAUUAUAACUGAGAGACCAAGUAUCAUGGCGACGGAUAAUUAUCUCCUGUGCCCAGCACCCAUGCUACAGGAAGUGGGGCAAACAAUGGAUGUGUCUGUGAGUUUGAAUGAUGGGCAGUCAUUUAUCUCUAGCUCCGUCACCAUCACUGCCACAGCUUGCUCUGAUGGGACAGCUGUGAUGAUUGCCAUAUUCACCAUAUUGCUGCUAUUGGGACUAGCAUUGCUUUGGUGGUUCUGGCCUCUUUGCUGCAUGGUGGUCAUAAAAGAUCCUCCCCCUCCUCCACCCCCUCCAAAAGAGGAACCUGAACCAGACCCAGUAGCAAAAAAGCAGUGGCCAACAGUAGAUGCCUCAUACUAUGGUGGUAGAGGUGUUGGUGGCAUUAAAAGAAUGGAGGUCCGGUGGGGAGAUAAGGGAUCCACCGAUGAAGGGGCAAGGCUAGAAAUGGCCAAAAAUGCUGUUGUAAAAGUUCCAGAUGCUGAAGAGGAACCUUUUGUUCCAAGGCGGCCCAAACCUCCAUCUUCCAAUCGUCCUUCUCCACCACAGUGGUAUGAUCCAAUUAAGGGCAGACUUGAUGCACUGUGGGCACUGCUCCGGCGACAGUAUCAUCGAGUUUCUUUGAUGCGGCCCCAGUCUGGUGAUGAGGGCCGCUGUAUAAACUUCAGCCGAGUCCAGGCACAGUAGAAAUGAUGAAGCUAGAGCUGCUUUAUUUUCUGUACUACCUACUGAGGAAUGGCAAAGGAUUCUUAACUUCCAAUGGACAUCAAUAACCUUCUAUAGAAAAAGAUGGGGGGAAGAAACGCCAUCUUCAUGGUGCAUUUUGCUAACUCGUCACAAAACUGCAGCAAGAGCAAUGCAGAUUUCCCUUCAAUCUACCAAGAACUGUACAGCGAUAACUUGACAGAUGAGCUGCUUCUCUCCUAACCACUGGCCCAGAGUAAUGGCACGACAGCAAUGGCACAAAGUAAACAUUAGCCAUCCUCUCCCAAAAAAAAUCAAUUGAUUCUUGGCGCUUGAAGUCACUUUGAACUUUUUUUCCAGUCUGAAUGUAGUCUGACUGUUAUAUGCUGUUUUGGGUAAUCAUAUUUUAUAGACAGAGUGUAUUGUCAAAAUAGAACCUAUUAGCCACAGGCGGAGCAGCAAUCCCACCAGGCCUACCCGGUGCAUAAGUUCAUUGCCUUUCAGCGAUGUCACAUCACAAGAUCUUUCCAACUUCACCACUUUACAAUGCCUUACGGGAGUUGUCUGACUGAAAAUCUUGUCAUUUUUCACUGAAAAGUGCACACGCAUGACAAAAUGUAGACAGGAUGCCCCAAGGUAUGGGAAUCAGCUAGACUUUGCCCUUUAGUUUUUGAAGACACCUUUCUUUCAUUAUGUACCGAGAAAGGAAAUUAAUAGAGCGUUAUCUUACAGCAGUACAGCCUAUAACCAAAGAUCCUCUGUAGAAAUUGAGACAUUGGUGCUCUGAGGCCUGACAUAGUGGAUGGUGCUUUGCCAUUGCUGUAAUCCUGUGUUCAGUAGCUCAUAACGUGUUACCCUAUUAAAGCAUAUUCAUUGAUCUACGUACUUCUAUUAAACAAAUAAAUAAGAUAAAAUAGAGCAGCACUGUUACAACCCAAGGUUGUAUAGGCUGGUAUACCCCCAUUCUUUAAAUCUCCAAGGGCUUUACUGUGUCACAAGCCAGCAACUCUCUUUGCAUGAGAAUUUCAAAGUUUAAUUAAUAUAAUUAAAGGCAACAGCAAGCAGCAGCCUGUGAAGAUUUUUGCUCAUCUUUUUUAUGCUUUUUGACAUUGAAUGACCUAUUACUAUUUAAGCUUUGCUUGGAUUUUUAAAACAUACUUUGCCCUGGUUACGUUCGAAAGAGAAAAAAGGUACCCAUGUUUGUAACCAAACAGUGCAGUUAUAUUAUCCUACUGCAGCCCCUUUUCCAAACAUUGUGGAAAAAUAUAUUUAAUGAUUUUUUUUUUCCAACCGCCUUGUCAAGACGACGAUCCCAAAUGAUGUCCGUAUGAGCAGAAACACUGUGGGGGAGAAGAAAGCAGCAGCUGAGAAAAAGCUCGAAUGAUGCAGUCACUUUCGAUACUGUACAUGAAAUGCAAAAUGGAUAUUCGAGUCGAAACCUGACAAAGCGCGCCUGCUUUGAUGUGAACUGGUAUAGACAAUGACCAGUGGCUGGGUCAGUAGGAUGUCUCUCUGCGAGCAGGGGAGCUUAUCAAAUGACACUAAAAAUAAGUUCAACAACCAUCACAUUUGAGAGAACAGGCGAACAUUUCACAUUUGGUGGGCAAGCAAGUGCGCGAGAUGGGGAGAGCGAUAGUGAAAAGUCCUGGUCUAAUUAUGCUUUUGAGCUGUUCAUCAAAAUCACAUGGGACAUGAAUAUUUCCCUUGGUUUACAUGCAAAAUGUAUGAUGUUGCCAAAAGAAGCUGUGUCUGUAACCACUUGCUUAAUCUUUUGCUCAUUAUUAUUUAAGGUAAUGGCAAAAUUGUAAGUACUACCUAUCAGUAUGUCACAAAAUAAAUUUUACUAGAAUUUU